GUCAGAUUCUUUGUGGUGGAAGAUCACAUCCUACACACAACAGUCGGAUUGGUGAAUCGGGCGUACAUUGAUGAGCUCUGGGACUUGGCACUGUCAAAGACCAUGGCAGCUUUGCGAACACAUUCGUCAUAUUGUUCUGAUCCCAACCUUGUUCUGGACCUCAAGAAUCUUAUUGUGCAUUUUGCUGACACAUUGCAGGGUUAUGGCUUCCCAGUGAACCAGUUGUUUGACAUGUUGCUGGAGGUCAGAGAUCAGUACAGCGAGAUCUUGCUGAAGAAGUGGGCGCUGGUUUUCAGGAACAUACUGGAUGCAGAUAACUACAGCCCUAUCCCUGUGAGUGAUGAGACGGGAUAUAGGAAGGUUCUGGGUCAGUUCCCCUUCCAGGAUCCUGACCUAGAGAAGCAACCCUUUCCAAGAAAAUUUCCCUUUUCUGAAUUUGUGCCAAAAAUCUACAGUCAAAUCAAGGAAUUUAUCUACGCCUGUCUGAAGUUCUCUGAGGACUUACAUUUAAGCUCUACAGAAGUGGACGAUAUGAUCAGAAAAUCCACAAAUUUACUACUGACUCGAACACUCAGCAACUGCCUGCAGAAUGUCAUCAAGAGAAAGAAUGUUGGCCUUACAGAGCUUGUACAGAUUAUUAUCAACACUACCCAUCUGGAAAUCUCUUGCAAGUUUCUUGAAGAAUUUAUCACAAAUAUUACCAAUGUCCUGCCCGACACCGUACACACCCACCAAGCUGUACGGUCUGACCACCUUCAAGGAUGCCCGGCAGGCUGCAGAAGAAGAGAUUUACACCAA